AUGUUAAAGAAAUUUUAGUACGAUUUGUUCGUCAUAGGAGGAGGAGCAGGAGGCUUGGCUUCUUCUAAAGCAUCAGCAUUAUUGGGGAAAAAAGUGGGAAUAGCUGAUUACGCAACUCCAAGUCCUCAUGCUACAACCUGGGGAACUGGAGGUACAUGUGUAAAUGUUGGGUGUGUACCAACUAAAUUAAUGCCAUUUUCAGCAAGGAUGGGUGAAAUACGUAAAGAUUAGAUAGCAGCUGGGUAUCAGGGGAUAGAGAGCGAAGGGAAACAUGAUUGGAAAUAAUUGAUUGAAACAGUAUAAAAACAUAUAAAAGAAUUGAAUGUGCGUCAGGAAAGUUCUUUAAAGGAUCAUGGUAUUGAUUAUUAUAAUAAAUUUGCUAAAUUUAUUGAUCGACAUACAAUAGAAGUAAGAAUUAGAUUGUGAUAUUGUAUUAUUAUAGCUUACUGAUAUAAAAGGAGAGAAAGAAAUAAUAAGUGCUAAGAACAUCAUUGUAUGUGUUGGAUCUAGGCCAAUUCUAUAUUAAGAUCCAAAAUUAGUGAUUACAUCAGAGGAUGUAUUUCAAUAGACUACUCCCCCAGGGAAGACCUUGGUUAUAGGAGCCUCUUAUGUGGGUUUGGAAUGUGCUGGAUUUAUUCAUGGUUUUGGAUAUGACACAACUGUAUUAGUCAGAACAAGAGUAAUGAGGAAUUUUGAUCAGGAGAUGGCCUCAAAGGUGGAAGGAUAUAUGGCAGAAAAUGGAAUAAAAUUUGUAAAGAGAGCCUUAUUGCAAUCUAUUUCAGCUGUAGACAAUGGGAAAAGGAGAUUGGUUAAGUGGGUGCGUGAUGGAGUAGUAGAAGAGGAUAUUUAUGAUACUGUAUUAUAUGGAAUUGGAAGACAAGCAUCCACUAAAUAGCUGAACUUAGAAUCAAUUGGUGUUAAGAUUGAUGCUAGAAAUUAUAAGAUCUUGGCUGAUGAUUACGAUAGAACAACUGUAGAUAAUAUUUAUGCAAUUGGAGAUUGUUGUUUGAACAGAUUAGAGUAUACGCCUAUAGCUGUAAUGGCUGGCAGGAAAUUAGCCAAAAGACUUUAUGGAGAUAGUAAUGAGAUCAUGGAUUAUGCUGAUGUCGCUACUACUAUAUACACUCCUAUUGAGUAUGGCUGUAUUGGGUUUUCAGAAGAAAGGGCAAAGCAAAAAUACGGGGAUGAUGGUAUCAAAAUUUAUAGAUCUCAUUUUAAACCUUUGCAAUGGGGUUUCAGAAAGAGAGAUGAUGCUAAAUAUUGUGGAGGCAAAUUGAUUGUUAAUAGGGAGUCAGAGAGAAUCAUCGGAUUCCAUUAUGUUGGACCAGAGGCUGCUGAAGUGACUUAAGGAUUUGCUGUGGCUAUGAAAAUGAAAUGUACAAAAACAGAUUUUGAUAACACUGUACCUAUUCAUCCUAGUUUGGCAGAAGUAUUAUUGAAAAUUAUAUAUCUAGGAAAUGAUUUUAAUGAAAUGACAAUUUUAAAUAAGUUUAAUUUCUAUCUUAAAUAACAUUUAUUAUAUCAAUUAACGUAUUUGGGUGUUCUUGGUCUACCUUAUGGANUACGUAAAGAUUAGAUAGCAGCUGGGUAUCAGGGGAUAGAGAGCGAAGGGAAACAUGAUUGGAAAUAAUUGAUUGAAACAGUAUAAAAACAUAUAAAAGAAUUGAAUGUGCGUCAGGAAAGUUCUUUAAAGGAUCAUGGUAUUGAUUAUUAUAAUAAAUUUGCUAAAUUUAUUGAUCGACAUACAAUAGAAGUAAGAAUUAGAUUGUGAUAUUGUAUUAUUAUAGCUUACUGAUAUAAAAGGAGAGAAAGAAAUAAUAAGUGCUAAGAACAUCAUUGUAUGUGUUGGAUCUAGGCCAAUUCUAUAUUAAGAUCCAAAAUUAGUGAUUACAUCAGAGGAUGUAUUUCAAUAGACUACUCCCCCAGGGAAGACCUUGGUUAUAGGAGCCUCUUAUGUGGGUUUGGAAUGUGCUGGAUUUAUUCAUGGUUUUGGAUAUGACACAACUGUAUUAGUCAGAACAAGAGUAAUGAGGAAUUUUGAUCAGGAGAUGGCCUCAAAGGUGGAAGGAUAUAUGGCAGAAAAUGGAAUAAAAUUUGUAAAGAGAGCCUUAUUGCAAUCUAUUUCAGCUGUAGACAAUGGGAAAAGGAGAUUGGUUAAGUGGGUGCGUGAUGGAGUAGUAGAAGAGGAUAUUUAUGAUACUGUAUUAUAUGGAAUUGGAAGACAAGCAUCCACUAAAUAGCUGAACUUAGAAUCAAUUGGUGUUAAGAUUGAUGCUAGAAAUUAUAAGAUCUUGGCUGAUGAUUACGAUAGAACAACUGUAGAUAAUAUUUAUGCAAUUGGAGAUUGUUGUUUGAACAGAUUAGAGUAUACGCCUAUAGCUGUAAUGGCUGGCAGGAAAUUAGCCAAAAGACUUUAUGGAGAUAGUAAUGAGAUCAUGGAUUAUGCUGAUGUCGCUACUACUAUAUACACUCCUAUUGAGUAUGGCUGUAUUGGGUUUUCAGAAGAAAGGGCAAAGCAAAAAUACGGGGAUGAUGGUAUCAAAAUUUAUAGAUCUCAUUUUAAACCUUUGCAAUGGGGUUUCAGAAAGAGAGAUGAUGCUAAAUAUUGUGGAGGCAAAUUGAUUGUUAAUAGGGAGUCAGAGAGAAUCAUCGGAUUCCAUUAUGUUGGACCAGAGGCUGCUGAAGUGACUUAAGGAUUUGCUGUGGCUAUGAAAAUGAAAUGUACAAAAACAGAUUUUGAUAACACUGUACCUAUUCAUCCUAGUUUGGCAGAAGUAUUAUUGAAAAUUAUAUAUCUAGGAAAUGAUUUUAAUGAAAUGA